AUGGCUGCGACAAACCAAGGAUUCGCAACAGGUGCAGACCGCGAUGCCGCAGAGUUGAGGAGAAGAGCUGGUGCUCCGGCACAGGAUGGCGCUGUCCAACAGCAGCCCAUCAUUGAUGACAAGAAGAAGCAGCAGGCUAAGAGUAUCAUUAAUGUCAUCGACGACUUGGAGCCCAUCUUCGCACCCAUCCUCUUCACCGCACUCGCCUUCUUCACCCGUCUAUGGAAGAUCGGUCUUUCGCCCAUUGUCACCUGGGACGAGGCGCAUUUCGGCAAGUUCGGAUCGCACUACCUGCAACGCGAGUUCUACUUUGAUGUCCACCCUCCGCUGGGAAAGAUGCUGGUUGGCCUUUCGGGUUAUCUGGCUGGAUACAACGGUACCUUCGAGUUCAAGUCUGGUGAGACCUACCCCGAGGAAAUCAACUACGUCUUCAUGCGCCAGUUCAACGCAGCCUUCGGCGCCUUGUGUAUUCCCCUGGCCUACUACACGGCAAAGGAGCUCAACUUCCGCAAGACCACGACCUGGUUCGUCACCCUGAUGGUUCUGUUCGAGAACUCGUACGCCACCAUCAGUCGCUUCAUCCUGCUCGACUCCAUGCUUCUAUUCUUCACCUUUACCACUGUUCUCUGCUGGGCUCGUUUCCACAGACUGCAAAACCAGUCUUUCUCUGCUCAGUGGCUUCUGUGGCUCUUGCUGAGCGGUCUCUCCAUCGGCUGCGUCUGCAGUGUCAAGUGGGUCGGUAUGUUCGGAACUGCUUUGGUUGGUCUGUACACUAUUGAGGAUCUUUGGAACAAGUUCGGCGACCUCAAGAUGCCUAAGCUCGCAGCUCACCUCGGCUUCCGUGUCGUCGGCCUGAUCGUCAUCCCGAUGAUCGUCUACAUGUUCUCGUUCUACCUGCACUUCCUGAUUCUCGAAAACAGCGGUCCCGGCGAUGCCCAGAUGAGCUCUCUUUUCCAGGCCAACCUCAAGGGCACCGAAGUCGGAGUCGACAGCCCUCUUGAAAUCGCUCUCGGCUCUCGCGCCACCCUCAAGAACAUGGGCUACGGUGGUGGUCUCCUGCACUCGCACGUUCAGACCUUCCCUGAAGGCUCGCAGCAACAACAGAUUACUUGCUACCACCACAAGGAUGCCAACAACGACUGGUUCUUCUACCCCAACCGUCACGAGCCCGAGUUUGAUGCCGAGGCUCCUCUCAAGUAUGUCGGAAAUGGCGAUGUCAUUCGUUUGAUUCACGCUCAGACUGGUCGCAACCUGCACUCUCACUCAAUCGCCGCUCCUGUCACCAAGGCCGACUACGAAGUUUCGUGCUACGGCAACACUACCGUUGGUGACACCAAGGAUCACUGGGUUGUUGAGGUUGUCAACGACGCUUCUUCGCGCGAUUUCUCCAAGGUCCGCACCCUGACCACCGCUUUCCGUCUCAGACACGUGGAUCUUAACUGCUACCUCCGUGCUGGCAACGUCAACCUGCCUCAGUGGGGUUUCAAGCAGAUUGAGACAACUUGUGUCAAGGAAAACCACCCUCGCGAUGUCUACACUCACUGGAACGUCGAGUCCCACUGGAACGACAAGCUUCCUGCCGCUGACACCGGAGCCUACAAAUCUCCUUUCCUUCGUGACUUCAUUCACCUGAACGUUGCUAUGAUGACUUCGAACAACGCCCUUGUCCCUGACCCCGACAAGCAGGACGAUUUGGCCUCCUCUCCCUGGCAGUGGCCCCUUCUCAAUGUUGGUCUCCGCAUGUGCGGCUGGGACGACCACAUUGUCAAGUACUUCCUCCUCGGUAACCCUUUCGUGUACUGGGCCAGUACUGCUUCUCUCCCCGCUUUCGGUCUUCUCGUCGCCUACUACCUGAUUCGCUGGCAGCGCGGCUACAACGAGCUGUCGCAAAAGGACAUCGACCAGAUUCACUACGCCGGUAUCUACCCCGUCAUUGGUUGGGUUCUGCACUACGGACCUUUCAUGGCCAUGGGACGUGUUACUUAUGUCCAUCACUACUACCCUGCUCUCUACUUCGCAAUUCUGUGCCUCGCUUUCUGCACCGACUGGGUCACAAGCCGUCUCCCUCGCGCUGUGCAAUAUGGCGUCUACGCUGUUCUCUACACCGUUGUCAUUGCGCUGUUCUGGAUGUUUAGAGCCAUCACGUUCGGUAUGGAGGGAAGCCACACCCAAUGGGCCCACCUCAAGUGGCUCGACUCAUGGCGCAUGACCGAUUAG